CUACGCUCGAUAUAAUUCCUAGCUGCCCCCUGUCAUUCGAUUGUCCUAUCGACCCCAAUCAUUAUGGGAGUAGCGCAGAGUGUCAUAUCUGAAGCGGCUGUCACUGCAGUGGUUGUUGCGGGUGCGGCAGCAGUCGCGUACGGUUACGCUCGUCAGAAUGCGCCGCCAAGCUCCCAGGCCUUACCCUCGUCCACCACGGGGCCUUCGUCGGACCCCGGUGGCAAGAAGAAAAAGAAGAAGCAGGGCGACGCGCUUACGCCUGCAACUCAGCCUCCCACAGACGCCAGCCCCGUUGUCAUCCCCUUCCCUGCGGUUGUCCCAGGCAGCUUCGACGCUCCGUCUGACGCGCGGGACACCUCGCCUCCCGCGUCCACGAAGGCCGGCAAGCCCAAGAAGAAAAAAGGAAAGAAGGCGGGUGCCGCUGGCAGCGGCACCCCGCGUUCCCAACCCGCUGAUGCUAUGUCCGAGUCGUCCGCGACAGCGCCAGAGUCCCCUGUUUCUGCGCCCGUGCGCCCAGCCGCAUCCAAGUCGCGCAAAAGUUCCACGCCCAAGCUGCCACCUGUGGACACAGACGAGUCGUGGACCCGCGUAGAGUCUCGCCGGCGGCCUGCAACAUCCACGCUACAGCCAACGCCAGCCGAGGCCGCGACGCCCAGCGAUGCAGGCGUCACCACGAUGUCCAUGACGGGCAAUUCGUCACCUGUGACGGAGCGUACGGAUGACGAACUUGCGAGCCGAACCGAGAUCCCCGUCGAGAACCGACGUACGUUGGCGGAGAGGCUGCUUCCCAGGCCGCGCAAGACAGGGGUUGACGAUAUGUUGGAGACGUCUGACUACCCGACAGUUGCGCGUGUAAUGCGCAUCGCGCCCGGACCAGACGAAAAACCAGCUGCUGGCUUCUCAUGGGGCGACUAUGAGGACGUAGACGAUGCAAGAGUCACUGCUGAUGACGCGGAUGGAGAGGAUGACGGAGGUUGGGGCGUUGUCAAGAGUCGCGGUCGUCCCAAAGCGGAAAAGACUCCAGUCAGUGCACCAACAGCACCAGAAUCGCUGACCAAGAAACAGCGGCAGAACGCAGCUAAGCGGGAUGCCCAGAAAGCUGCAAAGGCUGAAGCAGAGGCAGAGCGUCAAGCGCGCCUGGCGAAGCAUAGCCGCGAGGUCGAGCGUGCCAAAAUAGCUGAGCAAUACGCCAAGUCAAGCAAGUCCGUGAGUGGAGGGAUGACGGCUUACGUUGACGAGAAUGGGAAGCUCGUCUGGAAGUGAGGGCUGGGAACGCCUACACUGCGGCUGAUCUUUGGUGGCUAUGAGUGUUCGAUCAAUCUGACAGGAACGAUGUGCCGAUGGACAUAAUACCAGGAAAUUCAACGUCUGUAUUUAUCGCGCACUGGGCUAUUACCGGUGCAGUGGACGCAUCAUGAUCAUACCCUUUCCUCGACUCUUACUGACACUCCCUACGUAUGUCUAACUUCUGUAAUCGCCGUUAAUCCUAACGUACUCCUGUGAUGCUCAUCAGUGUUGUUCUUAUGAAUCCAGGAUUUAGUAUGCCCACGUACAUAGCUAAAAUCGCACGUCCAGUACUUGGC